GACUCCCGCCCCGCCGAGCCUGACCUCUCCUCCUCCCUCCAAGCCAUCGGGGAAGAAGCCCCACAUCCCUCGACGAGCCUCCUCCCGUAAGGCAGGGAGGGAGCCAUGAGCGAGGCGAGCCCCCGGCGCGAGCCCGCGGUGGGCAGCUCGUCGUCGCUGACGUCAUCGCCUGCUUCCAACGGUGCCAGCAGGCGGACGCCCGUCAUCCGCCUGCACGGCGCGCCUACGCUCUCGCCGCGACCAGCGCCCAAGAAAGGUGGACGUCGUGCGUCCGAGUUCUGCUUCCGCGAGCCGCCCGAGUACGUGCACCUGGCCCCGCCGCGGUCCACCGUGUCCACUCCCCCGCCGGGCCGCAAGCGGUCCGCGUCGCUGCCGCACGUGCGCAGCCCGUCGCCCGUGCCGCCGCCGCUGGCGAGAGCCGCACGGGCUCACCAUGCGGCACAGCAGCAAGCCAGGCAGCCCCGCGGCGGAGACGAGGAGGACGACGAAGACGACGACGACGACGACGACCAGGAGGAAGAGGACGAAGAGGCCGACCGACGGGACACGCCCCCGCCGCCCAUGGCCGCAUGCCCGGAGGAAGACGUGGGUGCAGAGGCACGUCAGCAGCACCGCAGCCGGCUGCUAGGAGCGGCCACGGCUGACAGGAGGAAGUCGACACCCUGCCAGCCGAAAUUCAUGCAGUGCCGAAGAGGACGACCUUCGUUGGACCUUACCGCCGCACAGGCAUCCGGCCACAUAACGCUAGGUAGCCACUUGGAAUCCGAGAUCGCGCGUCGCCGCCACUCGGUGGCCGCGGCGGGCGCGGACAAGCCAGCGGUGACCUCGUCCGACCGGGGCCUCGCGCAGCCGGCGGCGACGACCAAGAACCGCGCCGACGCCCUGGCCGACGAAGCGGCACGGGCCUCGUGGCUCCGCGAGGCUGAUUCCAGCGACGACGACGACGACUUUGACCUGGGUCCGCGCACGGUGACGCCCAACUCGUCGCCCGUCAUGCCGACCGCCUCCUCGCUGGCCGGCGCCAGGAGGCCCGUGUCCUAAGCCGGCGGCGACGUAGGCCUAACUGGUGUUUGUUUCCUGGCCGUACGCGGCUUUCAUUUUGGAUGGCUCACUGCGGUGGACCGCAACAAAUGUUGCC